AUGUUUAGCAAACUAAUUUCAUGGUUUAAAAAUCUCAAAAUGAGCAACUAGAUAAUAAUCGUUAACUUUUUUAUUAUCUUUUUUGCUGUUGUUGUAGCAAUUUCAACAGCCUAUGUAUAAUAAACAAUAUUUUUCACAAUAAUUUCAGAUGUCGAAUAAGCAUUGUCAUUAAAAUAAGAGAAAAGUAUUGUAAAUAAUAUAUCUCGAGAAAUACGACUUUAUAUUCACUAGAAAAAUUAUCAAAGUAUAGAUUAAUCAAUUAUUAUUAGUAAUUUUAAAUUUAUGGCAUUCAUAAUAGAUGUUUAAUUAAUUCACUCGAUUCUAAGCAGAUUACUAGAUCAAUGUGAAUUAGUUCUAAGAUUGUAUUGAAGAAGAAGAAAUUACAGAAAAUAAUAUUAUUUACAAUUCAGAUAUAAUUUGUUAAGGAUUAUACACAAAAUAAUAUGAUAAUUAAGGAAUUUUACUUUAAAAAAUGCUUUCAUUUCUAUCUCCUUUUACUUAACUAUUUAUGGCUGAUGAACAAAGUAGAAUUAUAUUUGUUGAUAUCCCAAAUAAUUAGAUAUUUGCAUAAUUUCCAAGAAUGUAUAAGUAUAAAAAUUAUGUUCCUAAAUCUAGACCUUGGUAAUAUAUCAUACUAUUUAAGGUACCAAAAUCAUAUAAAUCAACAUUAAAAUAAUCCCAAAUCAGAAUAUUAUUAUUCUCCAAUUUACAUAUCUGUUCGAAAUUUUAUGCCUUAUUUUGCAUUAACUUAUUCUUUGAUGUUUAAUUAAACCUUAUUUGGUAUGACAGCUCAAAUCUAAGAGAUUUAAGAUAAAAAUAUUAAAAGCAUACCUCUGAGUAUAUUUUUAGUAAAUUAUAAUGGAGAUGUGAUCUUGAGUACUUUGCAAACUAUUAAUGAGACAAAUUUAACUGUUAAAAUAACUAAUGUAACUAAAACAGGAUUUAAUUAAACAGAUUGGGAAUUUAUCAAAGCUAAUUCAAAUAGUAACAUUACAUAAAGAUUUAAAGAUGCUUCUUUCUAUCUUGAAAAUAAAAUUUUUAAUAGGAUUGUUUUUGUCAAUGCUUUCUGCUUUGAAAAAGAAAAUCUAACAUUAAUUGUGUAAAAUGAUACAAAUAUUUUUAAGUUUCAAAAAUGUGACUUACGAAAUAGAAACAGAAUAAAAGAUAUAAGAAUAAGUAAAUUCUGUUAAGAUGAAAAUGAUCCAAGAGGUGUAAAUCUAUAUUGGAAUAUCUUUACUUUUAGUAAUAUUGACAACUAGUUUUAUAAGAUGUUUAUCUGCACCUUUAUUAAAUUUAAUUUAACUAAUUAAUAUUCAUGUUCGAAAAAUAGGAAACAAUUUAGAUUCAGAAUUAUUUAAAAUGUCUCUUAAAACAAAAAAGUAAACAGAUGUUUUUUCAUCACUUACUUAUUCAUUUUUAGGCUUAAGAGAUUUGCAGACAAGACGAUCAGAAAAUAAAAAUUAAACUUGUUAAUAAAUUGAAGAUAUUAAAUACAAUUUUAAUUAUUAAGAAAUUGAUUGCUCCAAAAUUAAAGAAUAAAUUUUACAUCUCCCUGGAUUAGAGGCUUCUGAAAUUUUUAAAAAAAUUAAUUCAUUUUAAAAACCACUACUUUUAAGAAGUUUUUCACAAAAAAAAUUAUGGAUUAGCACUUGCGAUGAAACAUUAUACAGAUUAAUCCUCAUAAAAUAAAUAUUUUAGCAGCUUUUUUAAAAGAAUAGUAUUCUUUGA